GGUAAGUAUAUAGAUAAUAAACGGAUUUUUUAUUAUAACUAUCGUUUUUAUGACUUUUGUUGCUGAUUAAUAAACCCUAUUCAUUCAUUCACCAUACAAUAUAUAAAAAUAUUAUUGAGACUUGAUGUAGUUUUGUUUUUAUAAGUUCAACAAAUAACUAGUAGCAAUAAAAUUAACUAACCUAGUUUUUAUUGUUUUCAAAACCUUUGUUAAAUAUUAUAAUGAAAAAUUCCUAGACCUACUAUGGCUUAUGUUUUUUAUUUAUAAAAACUAUUUGGCGGUAAUAUUAUUGUAUACCGUAGCUAAAUGCCACUUUUAAUUAUAUCACAGCAUUAAUUUCCAUAAAUUAAAAAAAAACACCUCUGUGCUCACCUCCAUUAAGUUAGUUUCCAUUUUCCUCUAUAAAAAUAAAAAAGAAAUUUAUCAAAAUAUUACUUUGGAUUAAUCGAGUUAUCAGAUCCAUGACAACACUUACAAUUCUAUUCUCUUUGGUUUAACGUCAUGAAUUGACAUUUAAAUCCAACAAUUUGUGCUGCCAUCUAGUGAUAUAAUUUUUUGUAGUUUUUUUUUUAAUACUUCCUCAUUAGAAAGUAGAAACUGAUUUUUAUUGUCAUGAUAAAUUAAUAAUCUUAUAUUGAUUGAAUCCUUAACCAUCUAUAAGGAAGGCCUAAGCCCCUGCAGUAGGAAAUUAACAGGGCUGAUGAUGAUUGAACAUAAAAAAGGCUUAGUUGCGAUUUAUAAUGUAAAGAACGCUCAACGUUAUAUUACCGAAAAAUAGGCUGAAUGGACUAUGUGCCUGUAUCUCAAAAAAAAAAACAUUUGACAGAUAUUUGUUUACCUAACUACAAAUGGUGGCUUUUGAAUAAUUCGCUAAUGAGAAAUUUGUGGAAAGUUGAAUUAAAUAUCUUGAGAGUCUGCAUAAAUAUAUAGUUGUGCGUUAUUUUAUGAAAAUUGCUUUUUCAUCAUGAAGUUACAGUGUCAAGUGGAGGUCGUUAAUAGAUUGCAUAGUAAUUUGAAUAUCAAAUCUAAUGGACGAUAUGUGAAAUCAACUUUAGCUUUAGCAAAACAACCAAAAUUAAAGAAAGACCAUGGAACGGAAUAUGUUAUAAUACACUUUUCUACUAUCAAUAAAACAGGUAUUAAAUAUAAAGUCUCAUUUGUCAAACAAGUAUUUGUCAAAUGUAUUGAUAAAGGUCUAAGUACUUUAAGGUUUGAAGAACCACCUGUAGACUUGUGUAUUAAAAGUGAAGCCACACAGCUGAAGUGCUUCCUGAGAUUAUUGAAAUCUUGUCUAACAGGCAAUUGUGAGAAUAUCAACCUUGCUAAUAUAUCAAACAUAAGUGUUACCCAUAAAGACAUAGCACCAACCAAAAUGAUAGUAAAAGAUCGAAGUCAAUUCCCAGAUAAAGGUUUACCGAGAACUUUAGAAUCACUCCAUAUAAUCGGUCUUAAACUGCAUAACUUUCGCAGAGACAUAUUGCUUCUUCGUAAUCUUGUUGUUUUAGAUCUCAGUGAUAACGAAAUUGAAAAAAUUCCUCCAGAAUUUGGAAGAAUGCCUAAUCUUGCUGAGCUUAUUCUGGUUAACAAUUCUCUUGGUAAUAACUCUGAAAUAGAUUGGAGGUGGUUGUUAGGCCCACAGAUUAUUAAGACAUUAAAACUAUUAGAUUUAACUGGUAACAGGAUUAAAUCCUUACCAAAAUCUAUUUGGAAACUACAAUGCUUGGUAACUUUGAAGAUUGACAAUAAUAGUUUGAGAAAACUGCCAUCUACACUUGGACGCAUUGGAUCAUUGAGGUAAUUUCUCUGAAAUAAAUAAUAUUCUGUUAUAAUUGUUACAAAACAUACUUUUUUUGUAAUUGAGACAGUGGCGUAGCUACUAAGGGGCUAGGUGGGGCAGUGCCCCGGGGCCCUCAAGCUCAGGGGGCCCUCGAAUCUUUACCAGAAAAUCUCAAACGAACUCAACUUUUGAAAAUUUCUCCCAUCUUCAAAAUAAAAAUGACAGGUGACAACUCGAGUUUAAUUAUGGAAACUCAGUUGUGAGUAAUUCCAAAGUUAUAAUUAGAUACCCUC